UCAGACAAAGGCAGCAGGAAGCCCCUCGGCUUGGCAAUGAGAGCGAGCGGAGCACAAACGCAAAGCGAAACCUCGCUCUUUAAUCUGAUAGCGAUCGAAUCGGACUGAAUCUAUUUUCUCCUUUGGUUUGUUGCCGUUUCACGCGUGUUUUGAAAAUGUACGACCGUCUCGAUCCCCGGGUCGAGCGAAGGCUAUUAUCCGAGCGCCAAACGGGCAGCAGCGCUGACUGACCGCCAGCGUUCCCCCCGGAUCAAGCUUCUUUUUUGAGGCUUUUUUUCACCGAUUUGAACCCUUACUGCGCCACCGAACGGAUCACGUGGGACGGAGUUGACGGACCUACGCAGUUAAAUGUGAAAAGAAAGCGAGUUGAGUUCUUUUAAAAGCCUUUUUGUCUCCUGAGGGGACUGUUUUCCGCGUCGCUUGGUGGGGGUUUGCCGCCGUUUGCUUUCUAGAAGCGCGCGCGGAAGAUGGAGACGCACAUCUCAUGCCUCUUUCCGGAGAUAUUGGCCAUGAUUUUCAGCUACUUGGACGUGAGGGACAAAGGCAGGGUGGCCCAAGUGUGCACGGCGUGGAGGGACGCGUCCUACCACAAGUCCGUGUGGAGGGGGGUGGAAGCCAAACUGCAUCUGAGGCGGGCGAACCCGUCGCUGUUUCCCAGCCUUCAGGCGCGGGGCAUCAGGCGGGUGCAGAUCCUCAGCCUGCGGCGCAGCCUCAGCUACGUUAUCCAAGGGAUGCCUAACAUCGAAAGCUUGAAUCUGAGCGGCUGCUAUAACUUAACGGAUAACGGCCUGGGUCACGCGUUCGUGCAGGAGAUCCCUUCCCUCAGAGUGCUCAAUCUGAGCCUUUGUAAACAGAUCACGGACUCCAGUUUGGGUCGAAUAGCCCAGUAUCUCAAAAACUUGGAAGUGCUGGAACUGGGCGGCUGCAGCAACAUCACCAACACGGGGUUAUUACUCAUCGCAUGGGGUUUGCACAGACUCAAAAGUCUUAAUCUGAGGAGCUGCCGGCAUGUGUCAGACGUGGGCAUCGGGCAUUUGGCUGGCAUGACCCGCAGCGCGGCGGAGGGCUGCCUCAGUCUGGAGUACCUGACCCUCCAGGACUGUCAAAAGUUGACGGACUUGUCCCUCAAGCACAUUUCUAAGGGCCUUUCCAAGCUGAAAGUGCUCAACCUGAGUUUCUGCGGGGGGAUCUCGGACGCCGGCAUGAUCCACCUCUCACACAUGACGAGUCUAUGGAGCCUUAAUCUACGUUCAUGCGACAACAUCAGCGACACGGGCAUCAUGCACCUCGCCAUGGGGACGCUGAGACUUUCUGGGCUCGACAUGUCUUUUUGCGAUAAGAUAGGCGACCAGAGCUUGGCGUACAUCGCCCAGGGCCUUUACCAGCUCAAGUCGCUGUCGUUGUGCUCGUGCCACAUCAGCGACGAUGGCAUCAACAGGAUGGUGCGCCAGAUGCACGAGCUGAGGACGCUGAACAUCGGCCAAUGCGUGCGGAUUACAGACAAAGGACUGGAGCUCAUCGCCGAUCACUUGACUCAACUGACCGGCAUCGAUCUGUAUGGAUGUACGAAAAUCACUAAGAGGGGACUAGAGAGGAUCACGCAGCUCCCCUGCCUUAAAGUUUUGAACCUGGGCCUUUGGCAGAUGACUGAAAGCGAAAAAGUGAGGUGAAACUUGACGAGAUUCUGGAGGGAGGGGAUGGAGGAUGGAGGAGAGUUAUAUUUUAAUAACAAAAAUCAAAGAUUCACACUGUCCUAGUUUGAGUUCAGCGAGACUAAUAAACUCAUUGGCAAAGAUUAUGAAUGUGAUACGUGUUAUUGAUGUUGUUGUUAUUAUUAACAACCCAGUCAGUGUAAGAAACACUAAAAAGUUAUUUGUACUUAACAGAUCGCAAUAUUAAACCUCCUCCUCCUUAAGUUUCUGAUAUUUUGGCUACCUCGUUAGAUGUAUUAUAUAUUGUUAUUCUUAAGAAGAAUGAAAAUUUGUGCCUAGAAAAAAACCAAUCCCCUCCCCCAUUAUCUCGUCUUUGGCUCGGAAAAAGCAAAAAGACUGAAAAGAAUGGAUGGAUUCAAACGUUGUUAAUUUCCCUUCGAAUAGCCAACAAAAGGAGUUUUAAGUAAAGAUUGGCGCGGCUCAAAACGAGUUUAUGCAAAGACACACGAAGAGACUGGGUUUGUACACUCAUUUUUUUUCUAUUUCAAAUUUUUAGUUUUGAUUUGAGCGCAAAUGUUCAGACAGCCUUCAGUUCCUACUUGGAAAGAGGAAUGAGGUUCUGCUAAUGUAUUUAUGCUUAUGUAAGCAGAUAUUGUUUAAUUCAUGGCUGUUAUUCAGAGCGUUGUACUUCAAAUUGAAGUGAAAUCUGUCCCAGAAAACCCCCUGUUUGCAAUUUACCGACACCUUCUUUGCCUUUUCAAGGCUAUACGGGCGUUAUCAAAACAACGUGUCCGUUUUAAACAAAUUAACAUUCAACGUUGCAUAGAAAUGACAUGUUCGCAAUGGAUUUUUUUUCUCGGGUAACACGCAAAAUGUGUGUCAGGCCUAUAUAUGUAACAUGAUGUAUCGACCUGCAACAUGUAUUGAGUCCUGCUGAGAAGCUACUGUGUUCUGAUGUACUGUAAAUGUGUUUGUAAAAAAGAAUCCCGAAUUAAGAUGUUUUAUAUUCUUACAGUAAAAACAUUAAAGUUGAUAUUUAUAUAAAUAAA